GAGCUGAGCUGAGCUGAUGUUUCGUUUCCAGAGAAAGAGGAGAAGCUUCAGGUGAGCGGUCCGGUUCGGUGUGACGCUGGAAACGCACUUCCGGUGUUGACAGAAGACGCUCCAGCAGACCAUCAUGCAGACUGACAUGAACGCGCCCUUGUUGGCCAGGCGUGGCUCUGACACCUCAGAGCUCCUGGCCCGCCACCUGGGAGGCCCCGUGAUCGGCAUCAUCGGCUCCGGAGACUUCUCCCGCUCGCUGGCGAUCCGGCUGCUGGCCGGUGGUUUCAGGGUGGUGGUGGGCAGCCGCGACCCGAACCGGGUUCCCAGUGGUCUGUUUCCCGAGGGGGUGGAGCUGCGGUCACAGAGGGAGGCGGUGGACAGCGCGGACAGGGUGGUGUUCGCCGCGCUCUACCCAGAGCACUACGACACCCUGGUGGGGCUGAGGGAGCAGCUGGCCGGGAAGGUGCUGGUGGAUGUUAGCAACGCCACCAGGCUGAACAGCGGGGAGCGGUCGAACGCAGAGAGGCUGGCCGAGCUUUUCCCCAAGAGCAGGGUGGUGAAGGGCUUCAACGUCGUCUCCGCGUGGGCGCUGCAGGCUGGAGCCCAUGAUGGAAGCAGACAGGUGCUGAUCUGCGGCGACUGCUCCGACUCUAAAGCCGCGGUGCAGCAGCUGGCCCGUCGCCUGGGCUUCAGCCCCGUGGAUCUGGGGGGUCUGUGCGCGUCCAGAGACAUUGAGGAGGCUCCGCUCCUCCUCUUCCCUUCCUGGGGAGGCCCCCUCUUGGCCUGCUUCACCCUCUUCCUCUUUUUCUAUGGCUACAACUUCGUGAGGCAGAUACUGCUGCCCUACCUUGAUAAAGAAAAGAACAACUUCUACCAGCUGCCUCUGCUGACGGUAAACGAGACGCUGCCGGCCGUCGCCCUGGUUACGCUGGCUGCUGUCUAUCUACCAGGUCUGGUGGCGGCGGUCUUCCAGCUGGGCAGAGGAACCAAAUAUAAGAGAUUUCCUGAUUGGCUGGACCACUGGCUGUGCUGCAGGAAGCAGCUGGGCCUGCUGAGCUUCCUCUGUGCUGUGCUUCAUGCGGUGUACAGCAUGUGUUUGGCGCUGCGGAAAGGUGCAGGGCAGGCGGUGCAGAAUGCAGCUAACGGCCAGGUGACCAUUGACCAGGUGGAAGCUGGUGUAGAAAACUCCUGGGCAGAGCAGCAGGUGUGGAGGUCCGACCUGUACCUGUCCUGUGGAAUCCUGGGACUCGGAGUCCUCUCUCUGCUGGCGGUUACCUCUCUGCCCUCUGUGGGAAAUGCCCUAAACUGGAGGGAGUUUACAUUUGUUCAGUCAGGACUCGGUUAUGCUGCUUUGACUCUCUCCAUCAUGCACACUCUGUUCUUCGGCUGGGACUUUGCCUUCUCCCCUGCGUCCUACCCUUAUCACCUGGCGCCGGUGUACCUGCUGGCCCUCAUCCUGCCCUGCAUAGUCCUGGUCGGACGGCUCUUCUUGGCUCUGCCGUGUCUCAUGUCGAGACUGGCGAAGAUCCGCAGGGGCUGGGAGAGCGCCAGACACCGGCCCCCAGCUGAAGGGUCUCCUCCAGGAAUCUGUGGAGACGCCUAGACCAGAUAGGAAGGAAAAGAAAUCUGGAGAGUCUAAACUCUACCUCCUCCUCCAUGACAGACACUUUGAUCCUUUACACUAACAAGAGACAGAGAGGGAGUGCAGAGCUGAGAUCGAACCUGUCCAUCAUCCCGCUGGAGCCUUAAAUUCACUCUGAUGACUUUCUAAAGUUUUCUAAAAUUUAAAUUUUAUUAGAUUUAACUUUUGUAAUUGCACUUAUAAUAAAGUUAUGUCAUAGAAUGUUAAAGGGACACAGGUCUGUUGUUUCUCAAUAAUCUUCAGGGUGUAAACUGGUUCUAAUUACAGAGAAACCAGGUUCUGAGACAGUUAUUGUAGUUAGUUUAAUUAAUUGUUCUGAUUUCUGGCUGAAUUUCCCUGAAAUAUGUUGAAUUAUAUUUGCAUGAGCUGCUUUGCUCUGACUUAACGUCUCAAAGUUAUGCUCAUGUUGCACUUCAAACACCGUCAUUUGAAUGUAACUCGUUUAAAAUUCUGUUUUUAUCAAUAAAGGUGCUGAAA